AUGGGAAUGUCACGGCCGUGUCAGAUCAGGCUGAGAUGCAAACGCUCCUAUGCCUCCACCAUAGUCCUUCCUCGCCCUGGUCCCACGCUAUUGCCCGGUUUCAUAGACGGCACACGUUCAUGUGUGGCGACAGACCGCGCCGCUGCGGCAGUCUCUGGGCUUUGGAGUGACCACCGUCUGCGAUAUGACUUGGAGGCGCAGUUCGUGCCGGAGCUGCGCCGUGCAGCGGUGGAGGACCCAGACGCUGCAGAUUUCCGGACCGCCAGCCAGCCAGCAACCAUCGCGGGGGAUGAGACGACACACGCCCUUCUGGCCAGAUACCCCGAUCUCCGCUCCCAAUCCGACAUUGAUGCUUAUCUUGCGGCCCGCCGUCGCGAUGCAGAUUACAUCAAGUUAUUUCAUGAAGACGGGGUCAGUCUAGCGGUCGAAACCCCCCGUGCCAUCCCUCGCUCUGCAGCAACGCAUCGUGACCGGGGCGCACGCUCACGGCUUUCUGGCGCUGGCACAACUGUCAAAGUGCUCAAGUAUUUCAUCGACAUGCUAAGGUUGGGGGUGGAUGGCAUGAGUCAUACAUUCUGCGAGACGCGCCACCUCCGCAGGAGACACUGCAACCCGACUCUCAGCUGCCUCGGGAGCGUGACCCAUGAAGGACAUGCCCUCCAGCAACGCUACGCGCAGGACCCGCGCAUUCAGCGUGUGCUUGCCCCGCCCGUCAAGACAGCCUUCUGCGCCUGUAUGGGUCUGGCGCGCCCUCCAUGCACAGUGGGUUAUGCCUACCAAACCGUGCGAGCCCUCAAAGCGGCAGGGGUCGAUAUCGUGGUGGAGAGCGACGCCCAUAUUCCAGCAGUGGGAACCGGAUACGGCCGGACGCUACACCAGGAGCUAGGCUUACUGAUGUCUGAGUGUGGCUUCACCCCGGCCGAGGCACUGGAAGCCGCCACAGCGACGUUCGCGCGACGCUUGCGCCUGGGCGACUGA